GAGGAAAACGAUUACGUCGAGAGCAAUUGUAUAACCUCAACACGAUGGAUUUUUUAAUAGACACACGGGGCCAAGCUGAUUUAGUUUCGAGAGAUCAAUUAUUAGACAGCGACGAUGAUGUGGAAUUCGAAGACAUUGGACUCGAACCCUCGCAACUAUUAGCAGGCAAAAAGAAACCGAAAAAAUUGGUAAAAAGAACCGCCGUCACAUUGGCAAAUGUCAAAAAGUUGUCGACCAAGGAUCUGGAUUUGGACGAAUUUGAAAAGGAAAUGGGUUGGAAUAACAAACGUCGAAAGCAGCCAAAACACGCGGUUGACGUUGAGAAAAUAACAAAUCAAGGCGUCGCAAAAUCCGUUGACGAGUUAAUGAAAAAAUCUGUGCUGCAGCCAGGUUUCGAGCAAUUAGAGCGAGUACCGAAAUACGAACAAAGUUUGAGAACAGUCAGGAGGAUUCGUCAAAAAGAGCGAGAAAAAACUAAAGGCGCCAAGUGGUUCAAUUUACCGGCAACCGAAAUGACAGACGAAAUCAAACACGAUCUCGAAGUCAUUCAAAUGAGAUCGGUUCUCGAUCCAAAACAUUUCUAUAAAAAGAAUGACAUAAAAGCUUUGCCCAAAUAUUUCCAAAUCGGUAAGGUCAUAGAUUCACCGUUAGAUUAUUACAAUGGAAGACUAACCAAAAAAGAACGUAAGCGUACCAUUGUGGACGAGCUCAUGGCUGAUGCAGAAUUUUCUAAAUUCAACAAACGCAAAUACAAAGAAAUCCUUGACGACAAACGAAAGUUGCAGUACAAAGCUCACAAACACGCCAGGAAAUUGAAGAAUAAAAAAAGAAAGUGAAUUCAAAUUUGCUUGUGUUUAUAAGAAACUUUUCUGUGUAAAAUAAUCGAUUCGUCAAAGAUGUUUAUUAAAAAAAGUUGAGUAAUGAAAAA